AUGGCGACGGAGCUGCCGGAUACUCUCUACCAAGAUCUAUUCUUUCGUGAGGAAGCAAAAAAGAAGAUCGUCUAUGUGCCGAUACACCACUGGUGCCGCACCGCCAUGACGCAAGUGGCGGAGCACGCACAGCACCUCGGAGGGGCACUCGCAGUCUGCAGCACGAUGCUGCCGUGUGGCCCACGGCAGGAGAUCAAAUCAUAUGAAACAGUGAGGGGAGGGUGGCACGCACAACACACUAUUCGUGUGUAUUUGGUCUGUGGAGGACCUAAUAUUAUUAUCGUUCCUCCCAGGGCAAGGGUGGUGCUUACUGUUUGA